CUAACCACUUUACGGCGCUCGUUGCGUAUAAAUGGCCGUAAGACGCACCUGUUAUAUCACUAGAGCUCAGCAAACGAAGCAAGUACGUGCAGUAACGUAUUUGAUAAAAUAUUGAAAGCAAUCAGGAGGGGUAACAGUUGCUUUCAAAAGAGAAAAAUAUUCUGGUACAUUGUUCAGUGCGCUGAAAUUAAAAAAAAACCCACACCAAACAAACGAAUGUAAGUGUAGUAGUAGCCUACGUGUGGGAGUUGUCAACAAAUUCUCGACACCGCUGUGCAGGUGUCUACAGCAGGUAAACCUCAACAGGACAGGCUGUCUUAGGCCAGGUGGAAACACCUGUCUCUCAGGAACUGCAACAGGCAUUUGUCUGUGUUUAGAAAGAUACCUGACGUCAUGGUUGGGUUGUAUCGUCUGCUCUGUUUGGCUUACCUCGUGCAGGUGGUUGCAUUUGCUAGAGUUGUCCGGCUUUGUAAGGACACGGAGAUCGAAGUGCUGUCAGGCCAGGGUGUGCGUAUUGAAGCUCACAACAACAGCCGUGCCGAGAUUGCCCUGUGGGACAGGUCACCCAACAACAACCCGACGUUUGAACUGGAUUUCGAGUUCAAGACCAGGUCGUCACAUGGCAUUCUUCUGUAUGGAAAGGUGAAAGGUCAGCAGAAGGAAAUGGUCGCCCUGUACCUGGUCAAAGGCUUUAUCCACUACAAGAUCUACUGCCCGCUGAUGGACGCUGAAAUAUACAUCCCGACUAAAACAAAGCGGCCUUUAGAUGACGGCAAAUGGCAUAAAGUUACCUACACGGCACAGUUUCGCAACCACGCCUUCAAAAGUUUAGUGACAGUUGAUGGGUUCCUAAAGUUAGGGAAACACAUCGGCGUCAGCUGUGAGCCUCUAACAACGCUGGAAAUGGGAGGGCACUCCAUCAAUGAUGCAGGCCAUGACUCGCAACUACAGCACCUGGCCGGUCAGUUUGAAGGUUGUAUAAGAAAGCUAAAUAUAUCCAAGCCUCUACGAUCUCCGCCAAAAUAUUACUUUGUGUCUAGCUGCUGAACUGCCAGUGACAUCAGUAAACAACCACGUGAUAAAGUUCGCGACUACUCAACUUGAACAAGGACAGAAAAGUACUAACCGCACCCGCUAGCCACUCGGCUUUGUUUAUCAUGUGCAAAUGACAAUAAUGACCACUGCAUAAAGAGCUGCCGAAAGCUUGCAUAAAAUAUAGUAUUGUAAGAUGUACUGUACAAUUUUUAUUGCACUGUAGAUGUGCUUAUUUUUCUUUUUUUUUUAAAUCUCUUCUUGGGUCCAGUUUUCUUUUUGUGAAAUCUGAUAUUUGCAUACGACAUUGUUAGUUUCAGUAAAACAUUAAUGUCAGUUUUGGAAGUUUUUUAUUUUAGUUUAUGUACCAUUGUAGGUUAAUAUUAUCAACCUAUAUGAUGUAACAUUUAAUGAUUUGGACGUUUCUAGACCCGGGUAGGUAUUAUUUUCAAAAGACACAAAAUUCAUGUACACAAUUCUUUUGGUAGAAACAACAAAAAUAAGUGUAGUUGUAGCCUACGUGUGGGAGUUUUCUUGACGCCGCUGUGCAGGUGUCUACAGCAGGUAAACCUCAACAGGGCAGGCUCUCUUAGGCCAACAGGUAAAACUCUACAGGACAGGCUCUCUUAGGCCAACAGGUAAAACUCUACAGGACAGGUAAAAAGACAUUGCCUGCUCACCCUAAAGGCUAGAUAUAUGUACCCUAACAGCUUAAUACAAAAUGCUCAAAAUUGCCUAAAGCUUUUCUAAAAUGGUGAUUCAAAAUAUGUAUUCUCAAUUGAAACUACAAUUAUAAAAUAUUAAUUGAAAAAACAAAAAAAGAGAUGAUUAAA